UCAUGGUCGCCUUGUAACAGAAAUGCUAAAAAGCUUCACAGAAAGACUACUAAAACACAGCUUCCGCUAACUGUAUUUGCAUAUGUAUGACAAGACGUUCUCCGCGAUGUGGUUGCGACUUUACACCGUGUGUUUUAGAAGGCAGACAACUCUUGCAAGGCAUCUUUCUGUCGUUUGUACCCGUGCAAGUGCGAGGAGUAAUGCUAAGGGAGCUAACUUCUGUCACUCAGCGAGCCUUGCAGCAGCUUCCACCUGCAAGGCUCUUCGGUACCACAAGCACGGAGAUCCCCCUCAAGUGGUCUACUUGGAGAAUAUUGAAGUUGGACCUGUUGGCGCCAAUGAUGUCCUUGUUAAGAUGCUAGCUGCUCCUGUCAAUCCUUCUGACAUCAACAUGAUCCAAGGCACCUAUGCUAUCCUCCCUGACCUGCCAGCCACUGGAGGAAAUGAAGGGGUCGGUGAGGUCACUGAGGUGGGCCACCAGGUGACAUCAUUAAAGCCUGGUGAUUGGGUUAUUCCAAAAGACGCAGGUCUAGGUACUUGGAGAACAGCAGCAGUGUUUUCAGAGGAUGAUCUAAUCUCACUUCCUAAUGACAUUCCACUGUUGACUGCUGCCACUCUAGGAGUAAAUCCAUGCACUGCUUAUAGGAUGCUCGCUGAUUUUGAAGACCUCAAAUCAGGAGAUACAGUUAUACAAAAUGCAGCCAACAGUGGAGUUGGACAGGCUGUAAUACAGAUUGCUGCUGCCCGAGGAAUAAGUACUAUUAAUGUAAUCAGAGAUAGGCCAGAGUUCACUCAGCUCAGUGAUAGGCUGAAGGCAAUUGGAGCUACUCAUGUGAUUAAAGAAGAGGUGCUGAGAAAGCCGGAAAUGAAAGACCUUUUCAAAACUUGUCCAAGGCCUAAACUUGCUCUUAAUGGGGUUGGUGGAAAGAGUGCAACAGAAUUGCUUCGACAUCUACAGGUAGGAGGAUCCAUGGUAACAUAUGGAGGAAUGGCUAAACAACCAGUUACAGUACCUGUGAGUGCACUCAUUUUCAAGGAUCUAAAGGUCAGAGGCUUUUGGGUCACACAGUGGAAGAGGAAUCAGUCAUAUGAUGGCUGUGCUUUCAAAAACAUGUUGGACGAUUUGUGUUCCCUUGUCAAGCAAAAGAAGCUGACAGCUCCGACAUGCAACAAGGUGUUUUUUGAGGAAUACCACAAAGCAUUGAGUGGUGCAAUGCAGCCAUACAUUUCUGCAAAAAAUGUCCUAAUAAUGUGAUGUGUCUUAUCUCAAUAAAUAUUUUAUCUUGCA